GGAACGCCCUUAACCGGAGCGCUAAAAUAUAUACCACCAGUAGCUUAUCUUCACAAGGCUCAACUGCAUCAUAAUAAUUUUAUCGGCUUAUAUUAAACAAACAUACACCAGGUCUAAGCUCGUCUUUUUAGUAGCGAAAAAAGAAAAGCUGUUGUUGUACUCUAUGAGGGUGAGUCAGCUGAAUUCUCUUAUGUGACGUUUUGCAGAAGUAAACUUCUAGCAGCUCAUAACCACUGUUGUUAGGUAUGACUUGCGUUUGUUGUUUUCCGUUUUGAAUCGGCAGUUUUAAUCGUAGCUGCGCUUGAGAAAGUUAUUCUCACUGAUUCAGAGACAUAGAACGCGAUUCACAUUAGCCAACUUACAAGUUACACGUUCUUGAGGCAAUUGCAAGUUUCGCCGUCACCGUGCCACCGGAAGAAAAACAGCGUGACAAUAUAAUAGAUAAACAAGUUCGCAGCUAAUUAUCCUAUUAUAAUAGUAACACUUUUUUCACCCACUGCCGUCAAUCGUCUAAACUAAAUACAGUUGACAAAACGUUUGUCUAUAACAUCUUCCAAUCGAGCCUGACAAGUAAAAGCGUCAUCAGUAAUUACCAGUACCCUUUACGGUGUGAAAAACUAUAAGCUAACAGUAAGCCAAAUACAGCAGGACGUAAUUGCGGGCAGUGUAUGAGCAAUGGGGCAAUCCCGUACGGUUUUGGCUGAAAUCCAAACAAGAACACAAAAUGGCCGCGGCUUCGUACCGCUCGUUCCGGGGAGUGAAAAAUUCCGCUGUUUGCCACACGGUUGGUAUCAAACGGUGCGUAUUUGAACGGGCUUUGAGUGACAGGCUCACAAUUUGACGGUGGACAUUUCUGCAAUAGACAUACGGCAAGCCCUGCUGGUGGGUCGGGUCCGUGCUCAGAACUGCUAUUUAGCAGCAGGUGCGUCGUUAUAGCAGCGGUAUCAUAGUGUUUCCCUACAACUAUGAAAACUGCUGUUUCUCACUGUCGAAUACUGAUAAUUGCGCUCAUGUGACGACGUUGGCAACCAAGCUCUAUUAUAAUAAUAUCGAACAAUCACAGCCACGGGUAGCAAAAUUUUAACCGCCCAUAAACCAGUUAUUCUGAUAUAAAGAUAAAGUAUAAAACAGAUUUAGUGUACGAAAAAAUAAUGGUAAAAAAUCGAAAAUGAUAAUUGAAAACGUUUUUCGUUGACGCCGCGCGCAAAAUUUGGAAGGAUUAGCUGAAAGUGAUAUAGGGAAGUUCGUGAGUUUAUCUGACUAUGUACGGCGUAAAUGCUUAAGUUGGUCCGGCAUUAUGUGAUAGAUCAGAAAGACAAUAAUAUGAGGUAGCUAUAUCGUUGGAGAUGUAUUUAUGCUAUAUAGUUACGUGAAGGUAAAGGCCUAACAUCGUCCCUCAUGUCAUGCAAUAAAUGAAGAGGAUGUCAAAGACUAUUAAACUUGUCAUAGAAUAGUGCAACAAAAAUCAAGUCUUUGUCUGCAUGAUGUGGCCCGGCACAGAUAGCAAAUCCGUAUUCACGUUUCUUAAUGCGUUGCAGAUACAUGCACAGUCGUUCAAUAGAAAUCUUCAAUAUCUGCAUCAUCAUCAACAACAGCACACAUAAGAGUAAUGAUGGUAAAUUCAUAAUAAGAGACUAACUGUAUGCCGCAUCUCGGAGCAUCCUUAUAAUACACACGCGCACAGAGCAAUCGUACGACUUCGAUCCGACAUAGGAAAAGCUGAUCAGUCGCUACCGAAGCUAACGGCUGAUGACCCAGCUACAAUCGUCGAUGUCCGACAUAAAGGUAACGGAGAGUAAAAUUAAGCAGCGUUCUCGCAGGAGUUAAUCUUGAAACAACUUGUCGCUCAUACUUAGACCAAUGCAGGCACACGUAUAUAUAUAUAUAUGUGUAUGUAUGUAUAUGAGAAAUGCGUGUUUACGUAUGGGGACGUGCCCAUGUAUCUACGCCAAUUAGUGGCGCCUAACGAGUAUAGCGGUACGGACACGGCGGUAUGUAACCUGGUGGCGACGAAAAUAUGAAAUCAAUUUUAUGAUUGUGUUCGAUCUACAUCCAUGAUCGGAAACGUAUGACGUAUUCGGCCGUAUACGUUAUAACGAACAUUGAUAGCGUCGCAACGCUUGUUCAGUCUCUCAACGAAUCGACUAAAUACAUUUGAUUAAACACUCGUCACGCCACCAAAAUGUAGACGUAUCUAACAGUUGCCUGUUUCGUUCUCACACAGGACCUUUUCUUUCUAAGUCAAUCAGUAGUCUCCUCCAAAGGCUAUAGACAGUGCCAGUUCCCUAAUUACUGUUGUUCAGGCGAUCAAUUGGUUGCAAACUGCACGCCUUUCGAUGAUAAAACGCUCCGUGGUACUUGAUAAACCGUAGCAUCUAAGGCUGAACCGAUUUCUUAGACGCUUGUCAAUCAUCGAGUGUGCGGCACAUCUUAAGUAUGACAGGGAUAAGUCUCUGUGCCCGUGACAACUGAAUGGAUAACGUAUUUCAUCUGCAGGGCCUGAUUCGAACUCUGGCAUAGACACACUUGGUUUCGUGCUGGGAGUCAGCCACCUCGUGAGAUGCCGUGUGACGGCAAUACCGGACGUAAUAUUCGAAACAUAGAGGAACAAGUCCGUGCUGUAUAAUUAGACUGACUGAUUCGAAGCAGACAUCAGCUUGAUUAGUCCUGGGUCCUUCUCGCCAAAUUGCUCGACUCGAGUCCAGCGAGUAUUCUAGUAGUCACUAAACGAAGGCUCCCUGUCAGCACUGUGAGCUACCGUAUUCAAGCUACAAUUCUCAAGGCGGAUGCAUUUGUGCAGAGUUAAUGAAGUCAUCUUGAUAGCCCUGUAAACUCGAUCGGUUUUUAUUUAACAGGAAGGAUAAUUUCAAACUCGUACAAUGUAAACGUUCAAAAUCGAUUCAUUAAAGUUGAUCUGCCGGACUAAAAAGCGUAAAAGAUUUUCUGAUUAAUUUAAGUUUUAAUGACCGGGCAGUUGGCUUGAGUGAUUAUUUUUCUCGGCAUAGAUGAACAAGUACCGAAUCAGGACAUAUUACAGUCAAUCUUCGCCGCUAUUUCACUGGUUUUUGAUCCAACUUGAAAAGUGUGAAUUUAUAGAUGCAUCCACCGUCCAGGCAGGAGAACGUCCUGACGUUGGAAAGCUAUAACCGACAUCGCCAGGUCACAAAUACUGGUUUACUGAAUAUCGUUGUGAUACUGAUAUCUGUAGAAGCAGCGGACUUCAAGCAAAUAAAUUAUGUAAACUAGAUUAUUGUUCAGCAUAUGAACGAAAGGGUGACUUGCUUGAUAUUUCAUACAAACUUAUGUUGAAAAAUCUCUAACUUCCUAUCCUGAUAAUAUCAAACAGCAGUACAGUAAGCCUAAAUAAAACAUAACAACUUCCGGCCGUGUUUUAGGCACCAGAAAAAAAUGUUGACAGCUUUACUUACACUGCUAAUAUUAUCGGUGCAGGUUUAAUUGGAAGGUGGCGAUGAACGAUAAUCGUUUGUAGACAUUAAAAAAACAUCGAAAAUAACCAAAGUAGUCUCAUUCAGUUCAAAGGAAGACCAGUAUCGUUCGUGAUAAAACGCUUUCAUCACACUUCUAAGGACCAACUAGCGUUUUUAGGAGCGCCUAUAUUAUUUACUUAUUAUUAGUACUAUUACUUAUUUAUAUAUAUAGAAUUGCCAAUGCGGGUACUCGAGUAUUUAGAUAAAUUUUGUAUGCCGAUUGUGUUGUUAUAUUCCGCCACAUUUUAGGACCUAAUAUAUAUAUAAUGGUUGUGAAAUGACUCUGAAUGAAUUAUACGAUCGAUUAAAAUAACGCGAGGUACAGAUGGUCCAGGUUUGCAACAAAGGAGGUUGAAGAUAUACACAAACAGAAGUAAUAUAUGACUUUAGUAUAUGCGGUGACAUAUCUACGUGAGUGGACGUGCAAAUAAAUAACUUGGAUAUCCACUCUUCUAGCUAUAUAAAAAAGAGGACCGUCAAUUUUAAUUAAACAAACGUAAGAUAAAUUUAUGCAUGUAACCAUUAGGAAACACUUAAGAUUGCUUGAAUGACUGUUGUGCUAUUUACAGCCUACACUCGGGACAAAGCACUAACAAAAAAAAACUCCUUAUUUCCCGACACUAGCUAAUAAGAACUGGCUAAGAAGUUUUCAUCAUGAUGUGUUCCGAAGUUCUCCAGGGCCUUAAAUAUAUACUCCACUAGAGUUCGUUCAAUUUUACUGUGAUAUUAUUCAUUGGGCAAAUGGAAAACCAUCGGGUACAGUUACGUAUCACAAAUAGACUUCGUUUACUGUUGAGUGGUGUUAUGGAAGAUUGCUUGUGUCUAGACUCACGUUAGUCCCUAAGGCGUAGAUGAGAAUAAUUUUUUGAGCUCGUGGCGUCAUACGAUUUCUUGAAAGUGCCAUAUCCGAUUCAAGGUCAUCAAGUGCCAGAGGAUCUAACAAUGAAGAACAGCGGUCAAUACGGCAGGUUACGGUUGAGCCCGAAAUCUUGCAUAAUAUAUGUAUAUGAGAGUCGAAUGUUGCAGUCGCCAGCUGUUUACACGAAUGUCACCGUAAGACGUAAAUAAUAGUACAACCGGACUAAUUCGGAGCGACUGUUAGUAAUUCUUCCAGAUAUCUUUAACUCGAUUCCUUUUCUAUCUGAAAUAAUUUGUUGUAUUUCUUUGUUUUAAGGCACCGAGACAUGAAGUUUUUUUCAGAGCUCGACGCUACGAACAGUCGUAAGUUAAGGAGAGAUGGGGAUAGGCAACUAAUUAUUGCAUUUGACAAUCGCUACGGCAUGAAGGUGAGCCAAAUAUUGGUUCGCUGCUGCUGAUAAUGAUGACGUCGGUCUUGAUGAUACGUUGACUGGUCGCCUUGCCUAUCUGGUGUGUUUCUUAGUCUUGCGGCGAGGGUAAGUGGGUCUUGGAAGGCUUCUUUUUUGGUCUUGGAAUUUCCUCCGCGGGUUGCGCUGCCGUUGCAAUCGCUUAGCGGCGGGCGGCAGCAACGUUCGAUAGAGAGGCAAAGAGAUGCCGUGGCUAUCCGACUUCUUUGCGUGUGAUUGCCAGUGUUGCCGUCGAAGGGCUGAAUGCCCAAUCGGCAGCAGCGGCGGCAUUGGCGGCAGUUGCCGCAGCAGCGGUAGCAGGUUGGUCUUGUCUUCUUGUCUUGCUGAAGACAACAGCUGGAUGGAUCUAUUAUCCGUCGUCGAUGAUCGCUACAACGAUACCGUAGCACCGCAGACCAACGUUAAUAUCACAUUUGUUGUCGUUGUUAUCCCAUUCAUCGUCUUCGUAUUCGUCUUCGUUUGCUGCCUGUUCCUGUGUGGCAGCCAAUUACGUACGGCGGUCGGUCGGUCCGUCCAUGUUUGUGUGAGCAUCUAGCUGGUCUUGCUGAUCCGGCUGAUGUGCCUCUUCGGUCUUGGUUGACGCCGCCGGUGCGGUCUUGGUUGCGCGCGACGCUGCGAAGGAAAGAGCGCAUCGAUUCCCCUCGCGUUGAGCUAAUUCAGGUGACGCGCAACGCCGACGCUACAAGGACUCCGAUCUCCAGGCAAGACGCAGAGUGCGCCAUAAGGAACGAAUCGGAGACUGAAUGCAUGUUCCGAUCGUCUCAGACUAGUCGAGAUACCCGACAGAAGGAGCGCCCGGCUCCGCAUUUCGAGACUUCACGCAGGGAUACGUAUUAGCUUAGCCACACCGGUCGGCUGCUUAUCCUAGCCGAAGUAAGUCUAUAAGGGACGGAAGUGGCCAGAAAAUAGGAUCCAAUCACUGAUGCCGUUUACUCGAUGUAAGAUCCAUUUAAAGGGGAAGACCAUCGAGAAGAACUAAGGGAAGCCUAAGCAGUUCAUGCACGUAAGUUGUGAUCUCAAUACAAGUUGGGGUUUCUUGUUGUACGUGUUGCUUUCAUAAUUAAAUCACGCAUUUUCGCCACCUCAACGACUUUUCCUUCACCUUUGCUACCUGCUUUACACGUUUUUGGUUGUAAGCCAAAUAUCUGCGAAACGCAUUUUUCUAAACACCAACGACAAGAAUCACCCAAGUGUUACAUGUGGUAAGAAGUUUGGUACUUGUUUACUAACGUCCACAGUCAACUUUGAUAGCGACUCGUUAGACGGCCCUUUUCUCAGAACGCACAGGCGUUAAGCACAGCUUAUCUUUCCGCACACGUAGAGAUCUGUCUAUUGGGUCUUAAGCAUCAAAUAGCAAGAUAUAGUGGAGAUGGGACCGUGGCAUCGGUAUCGGUAUCGGUAACCAUCGUCUAUUGUACCUUAUCAUAUUGUACCCUGUUUACAUUGAGUCUCCACAACAUAUCUUUCCGUAUCUACUAAUAAUACAUUAGAAUUAAUAGUGUAACAGUGCUGGUGAAAUGGGUCCGUAGUUAGCUUAGCUAGUUAUUUUGUUUGCCAAACGGAAAGAGUUUGUAGUCUGUUAAUUAGAUCUACUAUAGAGAUUACCCUGGAUCGAUUUGUAUUGAACCAUCUUUUUCCCGAUAUAGAUUGUGACGCAUCUAGCUUUUCAACUCGUAUAAACGGGUAAGAGAGAAUCUAGGGCCAAACUCGAACCGAAGAGAGUACCUUUUUAGCCAGCCAAGUUUUUACAUAUGUGGAAGUAUUAGCACCUUGAAGUUGUUAGUAGAAAUCGAAAUGUACGGCGGCCAAAUUCGAUCUCGUUCGACUGAUGAAUUUUUCUACAGGACGACAUACCGAACAACGAAAAUUAGCGAGAUGACGUUCGAGAGUAUUUCGUGUACGUCAGACGUCGGUGACUACGCGCGUGAGAUCGUGCGAUCUAAAUCUCCCCUGGAUUCCCGGGGAUUCUAUAUCGUCAAUCUCAAAGACGUUUUAUAUAAGAUUCGUCUCUGGAAAGAGUCCUGCCCUCGCAUUCAGCCAUUUUACGCCGUAAAAUGCAACGAUGAUCCACUCGUGUUGACGCUGCUGGCCAGUUCGCGUGUGAACUUCGAUUGUGCUUCAAUGCAGGAAAUGACUAAGGUUUUAUCACUUGACAUUGAUCCGUCCCGAAUCGUCUAUGCACAUCCCGUCAAAACCGUUCAGUAUUUACAAUUUGCUCGUCAGAAUAGAGUGACGCAAAUGACAUUCGACUCAUUUGACGAACUCCAGAAGAUUCGUGAAUUCUACCCCGAAGCGGCUCUAAUCAUAAGACUAAAGGUUGAUGAUGGUGGAUGUGUCUUCAAAUUGUCUAAGAAAUUCGGUUCUACGGAAAAGACGUCGGAGUAUUUAAUGGAGGAAGCUCACAAGAUGGGACUAAACGUCAUCGGAGUGUCCUUCCAUGUCGGGUGCUCUAAGAAAUCCUGUGCUAUCUUCACCAACGCCAUCGAAUCUGCACGAAGACUCUUUGAUUAUGGUGAACGACUAGGCUUCAACAUGAAGCUACUUGAUAUCGGCGGCGGAUUUCCUGGAUAUCGAGGAUGCGAAAACGAAUUUUGCGAACUCGCCAAAGCUAUUAAUAUGGCUGUGGAUAAGCUCUUCCCGAAAGGUCGAAACUAUGAAAUUAUUUCCGAACCUGGAACAUUCUUCGUCGCUUCGGCGUUUACUCUAUUUUCCCGCAUUAUUGGCAAAAAGGUAUUUAAUGAGAGGUGCGCCGGCAUCUUUAAGCGCAAUUAUACACUACAUCAGAACAGCAAUGGACAUCGAACAACGAAUGAAUCGGGAAGUAACGUCGAAGCUCGAGCGGAGGACUCGUGUUCAUCGGAUAACGACUCAGACGCACCACCUGCGAAAAAUAAGUGCAAUCUUCAAUGUGCCGAAAACCACGAUGCGACGGAGGUGAUAGCCUGCAAACGUUGCGAAUACUAUAUCAAUGAUUCAGUAUAUAUGAGCUUCAAUAUGUGCUUCUUCAAUGAAGACCUUAUCCGUCCAGAACCCCUUCAUCUUAAGGAGCGUUUGGAUUGUCCUCGAGUAAAAACCGUUCUAUGGGGAAACACCUGCGACGGAGUCGACAAGGUAAAAACGCAGUGUUUACUCCCAGAAAUGAACACUGGCGAUUGGCUGCGUUUUGAUUCGCUUGGCGCCUACUCUGUUGUCCUUGAGACAGCCUUCAACGGAAUGGACGUACCCGAACGUUUCUACAUCAAAUAAGCCGGAGUUCCACCUCGAAAUACGCUCUUCGUUAAGUAUAGGAGGCGUAAGAUGUUCAGUUCCUUUGUGCAUCAAAAGAAAAAGCUGAUAAUAUACAAUUGUGAUUGCUCAUGUUUUUUGUUCCUACUUAGUGGAGUAAAUAGAAUUUAGUCGGCACCAAGAAUUAGGACACAAGUAUUUAAUAAACCGAUCUAUAUGGCGUAAUCCUUGCAAAUGCAGGAGAGGACGAAAUACCGUGGUAGUAGCGGUUGUGUGAUGUGAAGGUAUAUAGCCCCGGAGCUGAUUUGGUUGUGAAGUAACCUUUGAUUCUGAAAACGGAUAAUUUAAUAGGAAGCCGACAAAGUCCACAUGAUUGAUAAUACUCGUAAAAAAUAAAACUUGUGAUGUGGCAGAACCUCAAGAUGGCGUCGAUUAGACCUGCCAAACAGACUUUAUAUGGAAUAAGCACAUUUCAGAUGACGUAGAAAGAAGCAAAUACACAGAUAUCGUUGCUCGAUAAUCCGUAUGGGUAUUUGAGUAUCAUCCGAUAAUACAAUAGCUAAACAAUUCAUUUCUUGUACUUCGCGAAGAGAAGCUCUAUCUAUGACCAUUUCUGAAUUGUACUUAUUUUUCAGUUAAGUUGACAAUUAAGUGCGACGCUGCAUAUAUUCGAGACUGUAUACCCUCUGUUAUUAAUUGUUGUUAUUAUUACUCUAAUUACAUGCCAUUAGCGCGUAGUUGUGAUUUAUACGAGUCGUUACCGGUUGCGCAAUGUAAUAUCAAUUUCGAAAAGUGAAUAAAUACAUAUU